UUUAAAAGUUAUAGGGGAUACCAUGUAAUUAUUUUUAUUCUACAUACUAAUAUACAAAUAAUGUCCUUAUUAGUGUCCUAGAAAAGAAGAUACAGGAAUCGAAGUCAGGCCGCUUCAUGGAGAAAGAUAAACGGAUCUAAGAAGAGCUGAAGAGUCUUCACUGUGAUCCCCAUCCAUAUUGUUCAGUGUAUCCCUCAGAAACCGACCUCACUUUUUGGAGGAUUGUCAUGAAAGGGCCUCCAGAAACCCCCUAUGAGAAUGGAACCUUUGAGCUGUAUUGUCAGUUUGGCCACGAUUAUCCAGUAAAGCCGCCUGCUAUACGGUUCUAUACUCCUAUUUACCAUUGCAACAUCAACAGUGUGGGAAGGAUUUGUCACAACAUAUUUGAUCGAAACUACUCAGCUGAUGUUACUAUGAGAGAGAUCUUGGAUGCUGUAUAUGGACUUCUGAUACUCCCAGAGGCUGACGAUCCACUAGACAGCAUAUUAGCAGAGGAAUUCCUGACUAGCAAAGAAAUCUAUGAGCAAACAGCUAAAGAUGACACUGCAAUAAAUGCACAUCAGUCCUUGGAAUCCAUUGAAAGGCAAUAUAUAGGUGAGAGCGAUGUUGAAGUGCCUCCUCAUCUGGUGUGUCCUUUGUCAGGGAAGGUGUUCAUUGAUCCAGUCAAGGCCAAAGGUGGAUAUGUGUAUGAGCGAAGAGCCAUUGAGGAACAUCUUAAGAUGAACAAUAAUGAUCCAGUAACAGGGAAGGCACUUAGUUGUACAGAUCUUACUCAAGAUAAGAACAUGAAAAAAUCUGUUGUGGAGUAUCGUACAUCCCAGAUAGAGGAAACAGAUGGCUAAAUGAAUACUGUUUUGGCAGUGAUUCAGCUGCAAAAUAAUAAUCACACAAUCCUCUUUAUCUAUCAGAUUCAUCCUUCAUUCUCUUUUGAUUGUGGAAAUUACAAAAUUCCACUGUAUAUUUGAUGUGAUAAUUUAGAACUGAUACAUUUUAAAGGUAUACAAGAGAGGUUAUUAUGGACGCUUGUA